GUCCAAACCAUCUCAGGUCAAAUCCGUACGAGUCUGCUCAAGAUCGUUUCUAGCGGUGGAGAUGCAUGUAACGCGAUCAAGGCAUACUGGACGCACAGUGACACAUGUUGACCAGUGCGAUAGCGACCCGCCGAUUCGUUUCCACAUGAGCGAAGCAAACACCAGGGAUACGCGAUGGCCCAGGCUUAACGUCAAGCGCAAUGGUGUCAAAUAGAAUUUGAAGGCUCGAAUAUGUCUAGAAUAUCAUUGAGCUCAGAGACCUUUUGCGUGAGCAAGUCAGAUCCGCCCGUAGAUUACUUGUAGAUACAAGUCCUUAUCCCCUUGUUCAUGGCUCGGUUCCCGUCUUGGAGCAUAUCAAACUACGAUUUCACACCAUCGGAGGCGGUUGCAGCUGCAUUUUCCCGCUUCUUUAGCCAGCCAGAAAUUCUACUAGACCACAAUUGUUCUUGCUGAACUCGACAUUUUGGAUUGGUGAGCGCAACACGUUGCUCCAAAUGCCGUCACCUACACAACCGUUAUCGGACACUGCCCGAAAGGCUGUGCGAGAUUUGCUGCUUAUUUACUUUUGUAAUUCGGAGAUUAACGGAACUGUGGCAAACAUUCCAAAGAAUGUAAUAUCUCACGAAGACUGGGUAGCUGGAUGGAUACCCAUAUCGACUCUGGCCUCUUUUAAGCGUCUGCAAGCAAUCACCAAAGACCCGCUAGAAAUCGCCCGAGCGGCUGUUGAAUUAGCGCCAGCCAUUUUCGAAGCGAGCCCUGAUGGAAGCAGACUUCGAAGAAGAAUACCGUAUGAUGAAAAAUAUGCUGCAGAAAUAGAUGCUCGAGAAGCCAUUUCUCGAAACAUUGUGCAAGUGCACGGGUUUGGAGCGUCCACUGCGACGACUGAAGUGCGUGCAUACUUUGAGAGGUUUGGGCCGGUAGUGCAAUUGGCGGCUGUGGGGCCGGUAGAUAAAGGCACUUUCCACGUCGAGUUUGCAAAUGUGGAAGAUAUGGUCAAGGUUCUUGCACAGUCUCAUAUCUACGAAGAUAUGCAGAUACAGGUUCAAGGGAAGAGUAAAAAUGUGCGAGAGCCAUCCACCCCAUCUGCCGCAAGAGCAGCAGCGAUUUCAUCCCUCGAGACUCAUGCGGGAGUCACCACGUAUCCACAUAACCGCAUCGUUCAAUUUGUCCUCUCUGAUCCGCAAAUCACAAAGCUUGCCAUCAAGGUUGCUGCGGAACAAUUUGCAUCUGUGCAUUCUAUUGAUCUGGAACGUGACGCGGAGGCGGGGUACAUUCGAUUCAAAAAAUCUGUAGCAAAGGAGGUGGUGAACGUAAUUGAGCGACAGGGUGGAUUACAAGUGAAUGGAGAACGAGUCGAACUUCGAUCCCUUGAAGGUGAGGAAGAGAGGCUUUAUUGGUCCGUCUCCAAGUAUCGCGCGGAAAAUAGCGAGUUGCCCAAACCCCUCGAUGCACAGUCUCGGCGCGUUCACAGCCGCCAAGAAAGACGAGCGGAACGCGCGCCGUACAAUGGGCGUAAGACUAGACGUUCGAAGAACAAGGCACCACCGCCAAAAGUUAAAGUGGAUGAAUUGCAAGCUCUUUUACAGGGGCUUUGAUCCUGUUUAUUUAAUUGUAGCUUUUUGUGUAUUCUUGUUUAAUAUUAUCGUACAUAUUUGGUCUAAUUGCGCAUGUUACAACUCUACAGACAAUACAAGCCGUGAUGUAAGUUUUACUUGCAAG